ACAUCUGUCUCGAUUGAACAUCGUAAUUUUAAAUAUUCAAUAAGGUAAAUAACCUGAUCACUCCUACGCUGUGUUCACGUGAUAGUCAUUCGAAGCAAAUAAAUUUUCCGGGAAAUUGACGGAAACCAGCCCGAGAAAAUUCCUUUCCUCUAUCGACAAGCGUCACCUCCCCUACCGCGGAUCAUACUAUUCUCUCUCUCUCUCUCUCUCUGGGUGCCACAUAUACAUCAGUUAGCUUCAUGGUCUUACGUGUGUUUUGAUGGUUUUGAGAUCUAUUGGCAUUACAAGCUGCGAUAUUCACGAGUUAGCUGAGUUAUGCUCCACAAAUAGCAUCUGGACUGUCGAUCUUGCUUAUUUACUGUGGAGGUUCCAUGUUGAAUUUUCAUACCUCACUAUAACUUUCGGGGCAAAUCCAAAUUACUCCAUUGAGGCAUUUUACAAGGAACAGCUUCCUGCAGAUGUUGUAAGAGUUGAUUCUCUGUUCAGGAAAGCACAUGAAGUUGGGAUCAAUAUACAGUGCAGGUCGGUUUGUAUCCACGAUAUUUCUCGUUUGAUAUCGUCGGGGAAAUAUAUUGCCAUCGCGUUAGUUGACCAGUACAAGCUACGCAAGUCAUGGUUGGAGGAAGUUAUUGUCUCUGGUGUCCAUGGAGACAGUAACAGCUACACUGGUCACUAUAUCGUGAUAUGCGGGUUCGACCCCGUUAAGGAUGAGUUUGAGAUUAGGGAUCCUGCCAGUUCCAAGAAACAGGAGAGGAUCUCAUCGACGUGCCUGGAGAAAGCCCGGAAAUCGUUUGGCACAGACGAAGAUCUCCUCCUCAUAUCAUUGGAAAACGUCAAGAAACAGAAGGAACACUGACUAUGGUUCUUCCUAGAUGGUGAACUCAAUACUGGCAUGAAGAUCGUAAAUACUGAAUGUGCAUCACACAUGUAUGCAUACAUACAUACAUACACACAUAUAUAUACAUACAUAUCUAUAUACAUGCAUACAUGUAUAUGUAUAUGAACUCGGCAUAGGAUAAAUCAUUGUUCUUGUACAAAUCCCUUCUCGUCAAUGUAUGAAGAUGAAGAAUGAAUGA